GUUCUACCAAACAAACUCCUCUAGGACGGGGAAGGACUCUCUAGGGUCUCUUCUGGAGAACUGGAGGGGGGCAGCGGGGUGCAGAGUCAGCAGUGGGAGGAUUGGGGCCUCGCCAGCCUGAUUAAAUGCUAGGAGACUGAGCUUCACCUGUCCUUGUCUCUGAUUGGCCCUUGGGGCAUCCCUAGCUCCCAAAUCCCACUGAGCAACCCCACCAGGGCCUGUGCAGAUCUGUGGAGAGCCAGUUGAUUGCGAGCUUUGAGGCCAGAAGGUUGUCUGAGGCCGGAGGCUACCUACCCUGUCCCUUUGCCUGCUGCUGGUGCCAUGGGGGCUGGGGCCAGCGCUGAGGAGAAGCACUCCAGAGAGCUGGAAAAGAAGCUGAAAGAGGAUGCGGAGAAAGACGCGCGCACAGUGAAGCUGCUGCUUCUGGGUGCUGGUGAAUCCGGGAAGAGCACUAUUGUCAAGCAGAUGAAGAUUAUCCACCAGGACGGGUACUCACUGGAAGAAUGCCUCGAGUUCAUUGCCAUCAUCUAUGGCAACACUCUGCAGUCCAUCCUGGCCAUUGUUCGGGCUAUGACCACACUCAACAUCCAGUAUGGAGAUUCCGCACGGCAGGAUGAUGCCCGGAAGCUGAUGCACAUGGCGGAUACAAUUGAGGAAGGCACAAUGCCCAAGGAGAUGUCAGACAUCAUUCAGCGCUUGUGGAAGGACUCGGGUAUCCAAGCUUGCUUUGACCGAGCCUCAGAGUACCAGCUCAAUGACUCUGCUGGCUACUACCUUUCAGACCUAGAGCGUCUGGUGACUCCAGGAUAUGUGCCCACUGAGCAGGAUGUGUUGCGUUCUCGUGUCAAAACCACUGGCAUCAUCGAGACACAGUUCUCCUUCAAGGACCUCAACUUCAGAAUGUUCGAUGUCGGUGGGCAGCGUUCCGAGCGCAAAAAGUGGAUCCACUGCUUCGAGGGUGUGACCUGCAUCAUUUUCAUCGCUGCGCUGAGCGCUUACGACAUGGUGCUGGUGGAGGACGAUGAAGUGAACCGAAUGCACGAGAGCCUGCACCUGUUUAACAGCAUCUGCAAUCAUCGCUACUUCGCCACGACAUCCAUCGUGCUCUUCCUCAACAAAAAGGACGUUUUCUCCGAGAAGAUAAAAAAGGCACACCUCAGCAUCUGCUUUCCCGAUUACGAUGGACCUAACACUUACGAGGAUGCCGGCAACUACAUCAAAGUGCAGUUCCUGGAGCUUAACAUGCGACGUGACGUGAAGGAGAUCUAUUCCCACAUGACGUGCGCCACCGACACACAGAACGUCAAGUUUGUCUUUGAUGCUGUCACCGACAUUAUCAUCAAGGAGAACCUUAAAGACUGCGGGCUCUUUUGAGAUGCUGGGGUUCAUGUGUGUCCAUUGCCCUGAGACUCUGUAGCCCCCCUCCAAAAAACUCCUGUCCCUCA